AUGGCGUCCGUCGCCGCAUGGCUGCCGUUCGCGCGCGCUGCCGCCAUCGGCUGGGUUCCUAUCGCGACGCACCCGCUUCCUCCCCCUCCCGUACCCAAGGACCGCAGGCGCGCCGAGGACGAAAAGCUCCUCAUCAACGUAUCAGGACGACGCUUCGAAACAUGGAGGAACACGCUCGAGAAGUACCCAGACUCCCUUCUGGGCUCCUCCGAGAGGGAAUUCUUCUACGACGAGGACAGCCGAGAGUACUUCUUUGACAGAGAUCCAGAUAUAUUCAGACAUAUACUCAAUUACUACAGAACGGGAAAGCUUCAUUACCCAAAACAUGAGUGUUUAACCGGUUAUGAUGAGGAGCUCGCGUUCUUCGGCAUCCUGCCGGACGUUAUCGGCGAUUGUUGUUACGAGGACUACAGGGAUAGGAAACGUGAAAACGCGGAACGGUUGAUGGACGAUAAGCUCAGCGAGGCGGGAGACCAGAGUCUCCCGCAGCUGACGGACUUGAGGCAGAAGAUGUGGAGGGCGUUCGAGAACCCUCACACGUCGACUGCCGCUCUAGUAUUUUACUAUGUGACUGGAUUUUUCAUCGCCGUCUCGGUGAUGGCCAAUGUUGUAGAGACCGUUCCGUGCGGGCACAGGCCCGGCCGAGCGGGCACCUUACCCUGUGGAGAGAGGUACAAGAUAGUAUUCUUUUGCUUGGACACAGCCUGUGUGAUGAUAUUCACGGCUGAGUAUUUGCUCCGAUUGUUUGCGGCACCGGAUCGCUGCAAAUUCGUGAGAUCGGUAAUGUCUAUCAUCGACGUGGUCGCGAUCCUGCCGUACUACAUCGGCCUGGGGAUCACGGACAACGACGAUGUGUCGGGCGCGUUCGUGACCUUGAGAGUGUUUCGCGUAUUCCGAAUCUUCAAGUUCUCGCGGCACUCGCAGGGGCUCCGGAUACUCGGCUACACGCUCAAGUCCUGUGCCAGCGAGCUCGGUUUCUUAGUAUUCUCGCUCGCUAUGGCCAUCAUUAUCUUCGCGACUGUCAUGUUCUACGCUGAGAAGAAUGAGCAAGACACGAACUUCACUUCCAUUCCUGCCGCCUUCUGGUACACCAUUGUGACCAUGACCACGCUCGGGUACGGUGACAUGGUUCCGGGCACAAUUGCUGGUAAGAUCGUGGGCGGUGUCUGCUCACUGUCCGGUGUGCUGGUGAUAGCUCUGCCAGUACCCGUCAUCGUCUCCAACUUCUCCCGGAUCUACCACCAGAACCAACGAGCUGAUAAGAGAAAGGCGCAGAGGAAAGCUCGUUUGGCUCGAAUCCGUAUUGCCAAAGCGUCGUCCGGCGCAGCUUUCGUAUCGAAGAAGAAGGCUGCAGAAGCUCGUCUCGCUGCACAGGAGUCUGGAGUGGAGUUGGAUGAUGCUGGAAGGGAUGAAGACAUUUUCGAAUUGCAGCAUCAUCAUCUGUUACGAUGCUUGGAGCGUACUACGGAUCGGGAGUUCGUAGAAAUGGAGAACCCCUACAAUGGUGCUGCUAAACGGCCAGGAUCGCCCUCACCAUUAGCGUCGCCCGCGCACUCGGGCCGCGCCCCGGCAUUGCUCGCCUGCUGCGCGCGCUGUGGUUGCUGUCCACAGAAAUAUCAGGUCCUGCUUUUAGACUCGAGUAGAAAGCGAGCUCGUGGCGCUCGCAGGUAUACGGCGACCUCCCGACCCUCGGAUACCUCAGUCUCAGCAGCCCCCAGUGAAGACCCCCUACCACAAGCAUGCGGCAAAUACAUUCCAGCGGGUAGCACGGUCCAGGGUAAUCAGACUGGCGUAGCAAUGGACGGGACAUAUUUAGUCGAAGCAUCCUUCUAG